AUGGCUUCUCUGUCUGAAAUCGUCGAGCAUGAGUUUGGAGCAUCACCAAGAAGCAAGCUUUUAAUAACAAGUGAAAGCAGUCUAGCUUCUGUCGCAUCCUUAUCUAUGCCUCUUAUUCAGGAGAUUGUUUUGUCAGCAGACAUCAGAUGUAGUGACUGCCAAGAGAAGAUCGCCGAUAUAAUGUCAAGGAUGAUCGAAACAUAUUCAAUACUAGUGAGUGUGUUGGAGAAGAAAGUGACGUUGACAUGUACAUAUUCCGGUGACCGGAGAGUCUCCAAGUCAUAUGGUGAAGCUCUUCUCUGCAAAAUCUCCAUCUUCAAGCGUAGGAUGUUUCAUUCUUCCAAGAAACAGUAA